AUGCACAAUUUCUUCCGUAAACUCUCGUUUCGUUCCAAGCCGGAGCCAUCGGAGCCGAAAAAGCGUUCAUCGGGUCUGCUUCGUUUCAUUCGUUCCGAUCACUCGAAACAUCACGCACCACAGGAGCCGGUGUUCGACAUGCCGCCCGCGCUCAUGUGCCACGUCAUCGAUCAGCUGCCGUUCUUCGAGCAAAUGCGUCUGGCGCGUCUCUCCAAAGGCGUCAAGCGGCAUCUCGAGGAGAAGUUCGCGCGGAUCAAAAAACUGGAGCUCCGCAAGCGAGACAUCAACGAGACUUGUGCGGAUCCGGCGUUCGAGCGUCACGGCAAAGCCUACGUGGCCAUCAAAUUGGAGCCCGAAUCGGUGUGUCUGGUGAUUGAUGACGCGUGGGUCGUCGCCGACUUCUACGUCUUUCUGGGCAUGCUCGAGGUGUUCCGCGAGGGCAUCGAGACGGUCGAGUUGGACGCGCCGAUCGCCGAGCUCAUCGUCAUCUCGAUGUCGAACAUCUCGCUCGAGCGUUGGUACGCGUUUCAGUGCAUUCUGAAGGCGUUCAAGGAGAUCUACGAAGACCUUCAUUUGGAUUCUGGCUUCAUCGCCGAUCGUGACUGCUUCUGGCCCAAGUGCAGCGAUAUCAGUAUCCACGCGACGAAAGCGCAGGCGGCGCAUCUCGGACGCAUUCUCGACUACGGCGUCAAGAGCGGCUACAUUUUCGAUCGUCGCACGAUGGAUCAUCUCAAGUUGGAGUUCGACGACCUGGACGGAAUGACCGAUAAGGCCGUCAACAAGCAGAUUUACUAUUUCCGGUUCGUCGCACUUUUUUUUUUUGAUUGAUUCGGCGAUGAGUAAUGGACGAGGGUGGGGCAUCGCGUAUCGAAUCAGCAAUUGAACAGUCGUCGAUUGUCAGGCGGACUUUGUUCUCUAGUCAACUCCCAAAUCAAUUCGAAAUGUUUUCAGUUGCUGGACCGGUUCGCUCGGAUGGGAUCAUCGCUACGAGAUUGUGUUCCACGGCAAUCGGGCGGAGCAGAAUGUUUAA